CGAAUUGAGUUGCAAAGUGAACUCUAAAGAAUUACUGAUUUUAAAAGCUUUUUUACGCUUUUUCAAUCUGCUCCAGAUCAGCAACCGAGCCCAGCAGAGUUGAAGCUGCUCCCGUUUAUUGAAUUAAACAGUAUUCGGACUUCACGAUGGCAUUGACAACUACUAAUCUGGAAGGAACGCUUCCCUUGAUUGCAAAGGGAAAAGUCCGCGACAUCUACACCGUCGACGACUCGACCUUGCUCUUCGUUGCUACCGACCGUAUCUCGGCUUAUGACGUUAUCAUGAAAAAUGGCAUUCCUGAAAAGGGAAAGCUAUUGACUCAAAUCUCAAAGUUCUGGUUCUCGAUCCUCGCCGACGUUUGUCCCAACCACUUCAUCACCUGUGACGUCUCGUCCCUUCCCGAGCCUGUCCAGAAAUACAAGGACCAGCUCGAGGGCCGCAGCAUGCUCGUCCGCAAGUUUAAGAUUUUGCCCAUCGAGGCUAUCGUUCGUGGAUAUCUCACAGGAUCAGCGUGGAAGGAAUAUAAGAGCAAAGGAACCGUCCACGGCAUCAAGGUCAGAGAAGGUAUGCGCGAAAGCGAGGCCUUCGAUACUCCGAUCUAUACUCCGAGUACCAAGGCCGAGCUUGGGGAGCACGAUGAAAACAUUCACCCUGACGAGGCUGUUAAGAUCAUCGGCGAAGAGAACGCAAAGAAGAUUGCUGAAUUGGCAGUUAAGCUGUACGUCAAGGCCAAGGACUACGCCGCCGGGCGAGGAAUUAUAAUAGCCGACACAAAGUUCGAAUUCGGUGUGGAUGAGAGCGGCAACAUCGUGCUCGUUGAUGAGGUUCUGACUCCGGAUUCCUCGCGCUUCUGGCGCGCUGACACUUAUGCCCUCGGACAGGGGCAGGACAGCUACGAUAAGCAAUUCCUUCGUAACUGGCUCACUUCUAACGAUCUCGCGUACAAAGAUGGUGUCGAGAUGCCCGCUGAGAUUGCCGAGAAGACUCGUGAAAAGUACAUUGAGGCCUAUGAGCAGCUCACUGGCUCCAAGUGGGCAAAUUAAGCUAAGCAUGGUUUUCGAGAGUAGA